GUUUGUAAACAAGUUGGACAACUGCGCACUGUUGCUAACGGUGCAACAUAGUCUGGAGGAUCUUUUCACUUCCGAGUGAUUCCUCCCAUUUUGAGAGGAGAUAAAAUGUCAUUUGUAAGCCAUAUCCAGUUACCUUUUCUUUUUCUUUAUCUUAUAUGCCUAUUGGAUUUUUCCGCUCCCUCAAACGUACCAGGGCAAUCGCCAGCUGAUAGAAAGUGUGCUCUUUGCAAUCAGCUACUUGAAGAAGUUACUGAAUGUCUGAAGAAUGGCAUGAGUGACAGAGAGGUUUCUUUUCUGAUUGGACAGAAGUGUGAAACUCUCAACAUUUUAAAUUUCAAAGUGUGCAAUGGCACUGCCUCCAUCAUGAUGCCAACCAUAAGGUACAUGUAUACCAAUUCACUGGUGAUUCAGGGCAAUAUAUGUGGGAUUUAUCUACAAGCUGACAAUUGUUCUCUGUCAGAUCCAAACAACAUAAACUGGAAGAUUGCAUCUAGUUCUAUUGACAAACCAGUUGUAACUCAAUUUAUCCCACCAUUGCUAGGAUCACCUACAAUGAAAGUGCUCCAUAUAGCUGAUCUCCAUUGGGAUCCAGAAUAUCUUGCUGGAUCGAACGCGGCAUGUGCAGAUUUUCUGUGUUGUCGAGCUGAUUCAGGAGACGUGGUCAACGCUACAGAUGCUGCCGGAUAUUGGGGCGAUUACCGAAAAUGCGAUUUACCUUGGUAUACCAUAGAAAAGGCAAUAGCUCACAUGGCAGAAAAGCACUCGGAUUCUGUUUAUAUUAUAUGGACGGGUGACUUGGUUCCACACAACGUCUGGUCAACUAGCAAAGAAGACAACAUUUACAUUAUGGAGCGUUUAAUGAACUUGAUCCAGCGCUAUUUCCCGUCUACGCCGUUGUACGCCACUCUUGGAAAUCACGAGUCUCAUCCGACCGAUACUUUUGCGCCACCUGAUAUAACGGACGAAGCCAUCAACACUGCUUGGUUGUACGACGUUGCAGCUCGACAGUGGGCUCGAUGGCUUCCGGAUGAAGUGUCAUCGACCAUCCGUUACGGAGGUUACUACACUACCCUCAUUUACCCGGGGCUUCGUGUUGUAUCAUUAAACACAAAUUAUUGCUACACGGGAAACUUGUGGACAUUAUCCAAAUUCCAAGAUCCUGCCUCCAGUCUCGUUUGGUUAAAUAAUGUCCUUCAAAAUGCCGAAAAGGCCGGUGAAAAGGUUCAUAUCGUGAGUCAUAUACCACCCGGAAACAAUGACUGCUGGUCAACUUUUAGUCGAGAGUUUUCCAAAAUUAUUAACCGGUUCGAAUCGACGGUUGCAGCGCAAUUUUACGGACACACCCACAAAGAUGAAUUCAAAAUUUUUUACGAUCUCGUUAACGCAAGUCGACCAACUAACGUGGCUUUCAUGGGGCCAAGUCUUACAACGUUUACGGACCUCAAUCCUGGGUAUCGAGUGUACACCAUCGAUGGUAGACGCCCCGGCUCGACCUGGGCCGUGCUCGACUUUACCACUUGGGCCAUCAACUUGACAGCAGCCAAUUUGCUCGGCUCAAGUGAGGAUCCUGUUUGGUUCGAGCUCUACCACGCCAAAAAAGAAUACGAUCUCGCUGAUCUGAGUCCAGAUAGCAUGCAUGAAUUUUUCCAGCGGAUGUUGGUUGACGACGUUCUUUUCCAGAAAUAUUUCAAGAACUAUUACAGAGGUGCAGAUAAAAAAAUGGCCCAAGGCUGCGACGACGACUGCCGAAUAGGAUUACUUUGUUUUAUCGUGACAACGGAUAUCGGUGAUCGCAGCCGCUGUGCCCAAAUUGCAAAACAAAUGUUUACACACGAAGAAUUGUGAUCAUUCGUUCUAUAUAGCUUGUGCCCGUUUUUGGGAAACUGUUCGAUAUUCUGAGAAGUUGGUCUUCCAUUAAAUCCGGCGGAUUUAAACCAUUCCUUUCUUACUACGUUGUUUUCAUGGGAAAUAGAAAUUUGUUACAAAUAACAAUACGUAUCGUGUUGGAAUGCGACCUUCAACAUACAUGGCCGGGCGUUUUCUGGCACGAUUUGUUUACGUUUGGCCUAAACGUUUCGACAGUGCGACUGGAGCAUGACUAAGAAUCAAAUAUAAAAAUCAACGAACUGUAGAGCACUAAACGACUAGAAACAGCUGGCAUUCAGGCAAAACAAAUAAAAACAUACGUUAACUUAGUCUGAAAGUUAUGUAUUUACACAUUGCUAACUAGUCCAACGUAGCUGAAAUGAUAGAGAUAAGGAUUUACCUCCACUAACACGACUAAUUUCAUCGAUCGAAUCUGCACGAAAAUCCUCAAAGAGAAAUAAAACAAGGUGGAUCCCACGGUCUGCUCCAUUUAACUCGAAAGCUUUCUCCUUUAAGAUGCUGUUGUCACUAAAUAGCAUCACGGACUUCACGGUAGUCGUCACGGUCUAACGGUAUAAGAGUGGUCGUGCAGAAAGCUGUUCAAAAUGAUCCUGUUUCUGAAGUUAAAAUCUGUACGAUUAAAGAACGCACUAUUUAUCGUUAUACAGCAUUCUGUUAAACAAUGACGAAAAAUUUACUCUAUUACAAUUAUAUACAACCCUUACAAACUCAAAACUGUUCACCAACUAAUCAUAACCAAUUUUAAUUAUCGCAUGGACGUUCGUUUUCAACGUUUCCGAGCCAAAUCACCUGAUGACGGACGUUAUAGAAAGGUGUGAAAUAUCGACCGCGUCAAUUUUCCUUGGAUCUGCUCAGCUUCGUUGAGAACACCUCAAGACAACAGGUAAUGAAUCCCAGCAGCUAACAUACAAUCAAACCGUGCCCAAUUUGGAUGUAAAGUCACGAAUCGAUCUUACGCAAUAUGACAUCUAGUCGAAAUGUGUGUGCCCUUAAUGACUAGCCAACUGAUUCACUUACCUAGUGAAUGCUGAAUGAUUACUCUAAAUGCUAGCUAGAUUUCAAGUGUACAAGGACAAUUAGGCUACCCUUCGCUAACAGAAAUCUUUCUCAACUUGAUGUGGUAUGCAAUACCGAUUGCUUUGCAAAAAUCCUCGGUGAAAUUAAAGGUAAUUCGCAGUCUAAACGACGUCCUUCGAAGAUCAAUUUAGUAGCCAACCUACCAAUAGUAGGGAAUUAGUUUAUUUUUACAUCAAGGUUUCGUUGCAAUAUCCUUGUACAGAGCUAUAUACAACCGAUAGGCAUUAUUGCUACACUAUGAAAUUGAUUUCAAAUUAUAAGCUUGUCAUUACUAUAGUUGGUGAAACACCAGUUCGCUUGCCGAACCGAGACGGCAGUUAUGAUUAUUAUUGCUAUUUUUCUAGCCAAAGGCUAAUGAAGCAUUGUGGUUUUUCCUUUUAAUUUUGUGCGAUACAAUCAAAAACUAUUACAGAGACUCGCUAAAUUUUGUAUACGUGCGUUUUAUCAUGAGAUUCGUAUUGAUUUUCCUCAUGCCGUAUGGCUGUUCGUAAUUGAAGCACCUUGGUUACGAUGCUGUCCUUCCUCAUUCACUCUGAUUAUGUUUAGCAUACGCGAAAAAGAGAAUUGGAGCAUGGCGGAUAAAGAACAGGUAUAAAAACCAAGCCGAAUUGUUGGCUUUUGCAUCAGUCGACAUUCUGUAAGACGUCUCUUUGCUUUAUUCCGAAGAAUACUUAAUCAGUUUCAUACAAUGGAAAUCACAGUAAAAGUCGUACUGGUAAAGAUGCCUUAACGAACCGCCGGGAAUACAUCGUUAAGCCGAUCCGUCCUGAAAGCAGGGCCUCUGCUGAAUGCAAUUUUCAAAUCCUUCGUUAAUCAAGACCACAAAGCAUGGCGACGGGACAGACGAGGAAAUUUAGCCAAGAGGAUGUUAGAAGCCUUUCAAACAGUAUCAGAAGAUCUGAUUUUAAAAAAUGCUGUUUGUAAUAAAAUGAUUUUGGGUCCCGCGUCUUCUUAAUUGUGAUCGCAACCUGCUUGUAAAUUCCAUCUAAGCAUAUGCUAUACAGAAAACUAAACGUAACAAUACAAGGCAAUUGGCAUGCA